AUGCCAUCAUCAGUAUCUACAACGCAGCUAAAAUUUUUGAAAUCUUCCGCCCAGUACCUAGCUGCUCAAAGCCCUUCCACCUCCUCUCACCUAUUGUCCGUCCACAACCAGCUCCUUCGCGACGAGUUGAAGCUGUUGUCCGUUGCCCAGCACCGUGAAUUUUGUGGCGCCUGCGGUACUGCCAGAACCGCUGAUUCUUCAAAGACCAUAGCUCUCAAAAACCACAAUGGUGUGCUGAAACGCCCCAAAAAGGAAGCCUCGUCAACGGAGCCCUCUCCUAUUGUUAUAUAUAAGUGUCUACGAUGCCAUCGCCAGAAAAUCCUAACUUCGAAGGGUAAUAUCAAACCUUUAAAUCCCAGGAAACCUCGCCUGGGAGCAGCUGCACCCUCAGCUCAAACGUCCAUUCAAUCAGCUAGAGUCGAUGCCCCGAUACAGGGCAUUGAAUCCACAUCCACCACUACGUUACAAAAAUCUACGGACAAUCACAACAGCAAAAGGAGAGCCAAAAUACGCAAACAGCAAGGGCUCAUGGCUGCCCUGGCAGCAGGCAAAAAACAACAUGCGCAGUCUCAGACAUCAUCGCUUGAUCUGCUGGACUUUUUAAAACAUUGA